AUGAUUGACAGUACUCUUCGUUGCGGUGCGCAGGCUUCUCAUUGCGGUCGCUUCUCUUGUUGCGGAGCACGGGCUCUAGGGCCAGCCGCGGAGGACCAAGCAGCCACCACCAUCCAGUGAGCCUUCCCGAAGCUCCUGGCGAGAAAGGAGCAGGCACGUGAUCAGGACCACCAGGACUACCUGGAGCUGAUGGAGAAGCUGCAGAGGGAGGCCUUCGUGGCCCUGUUGCGGCGGGAGCAGGAGGCGGCCCGGCGGCAGUGGGAAGAAGCGGCGCGGCAGGAGGAGCGGCAGCGCGGGGCGCGCCUGCUGGAGGCGGCCUUCGACGGGAACCUGGGCGAGAUCCAGGCGAUCCUGCGGGAGGUGGACGCGCUGCUGAACCGCGAGGGCGUGAGCUGCGACGCGGCGCGGGCGGCGCGGCGGCUGCUGCGGCGCCUGGCCGUGGUGGACUUCGAGGAAGCGGCGGCGGGCGGGCAGUCCCUGGCCAUCCAGCUGCUAGCCGAGCAGGGCGCCAGUCGCAACAGCAAGGGCGCCUUCGGCCGGACGCCGCUGUACCGAGCGGCCUGGGGCCACCUGGAAGCCGUGGAGGUGCUUCUGAAGCUCGGAGCUGACCCCCGGGUGUAUGCGGACGACGGAAGCACCCCCGAGCAGGUGGCCUCGCUGGACGCGGUGGUCAGCAUGCUGCAGUGCUGGGACCCGAGCCUCACAGAUGCCAUGCUCCGGAACAUGGAGGCCCAGCGGCAGCGCCGGGGCCAGGAGACCAAGCAGGACAGGGGGGCGGAGGCCAAGUGGGGUCCCGGCUGCGCCCGGCAGGCGGGGGUGGGGGUCCGGCCUUGCCCUGAGCGGAGCGUAGGGCCCCUCCUCCAGGCCGUCAAGGACGCGGAGGCCCGAGUGGACAGGCUCCGGUAGGAGUCCCAAAAGGCGGAGGAGACCCCGGCCCUGGCCAGGCCGGAGUGCGGGGGGCGGGCCCAGGAGGGGGAGGAGGAGGCGCCCGGGCUGAAGUGUCAGGUCACCGAGCUCCACGACGUGCUGUUGAAGGACGUGGGUGAUGGCAUCCGCGCUGACGGCAGGUGGCCUCUUGUCAUCGACCCUUCGGGCCAGGCGGCCACCUUCCUGCGCUACCAGGACACCAACUAUGUGGACACCGUGAACCCAGACCACCUGAGGCCGGAGAGGAUCAGGCUGGCGCUGCUGGGGGCGCUCGGGUUCGGGAAGCCGCGGGUGUCCGACCUGCGUGAAGUGGACCUGUUCUCGGCGGCGCAGCGGCAGCUGGAGGCGGUGCAGGAGAGGAACCUGUCGCCGACCGACCGGCCCGAGUACAGCCCCAGCCAGUGCCAGGAGGCGCGCCUGGGGCACUUCCGCCUCUUCUCGGGCACCAAGGUUCGGUGGCCGCUGCGCCCCAGGGCGCCGGGUCCGCGAACGUGCACGCGUCCGCAUCAGGGCUCUGGGCGUGCGCCGUGCAGGGGAGGGGGCCGGCCGGGAGCCCCAGCUGGGGUACCCCGGCCGGCGGGCCCAAUCAGUUCCUCCCGCUGUGAGGCAGUGCACAGUCGGGGCGACGUGGGAGCUCGUGGUCCCCGCACCGGCCCCACAUUUGGAGGAGCAGAAGGGGUGGGCGUUGGUUGUGCCGGCGGGUGGACAGACAGACAGACUAGAGGUAAAACGUAGUCAAUUUUAUUCUCCUUAAACCACAAAAUAGAGUCUUUGGUUGUACAAACAUCACUAGUUACAGUCUCGCCAGGAGGUCCCGGCUGGGGAGGGGGCAGUUAGCGGCCAGAACUCCUGAGGGGACCUCUUUAAAAUGCUAAUGGCCAGGUUAAAAGACUCGAGGCAAGGGUGGUGUUGGAGCUGGCAGGGCCCCCACCCCAAGUCGGGGGAGGUACCCUGACCCUCUAGGAGGGCACCGGGCCCAGGCCCCGGCGCCCCGGCCGGACGGCGCGGCGGCUGCUGCACAGGGCCACCUCCUCGGGGCCCGCGGCGCCUGGAGAAGGCCUGCCCAGAAGCACCAUGGCCACCUCUCCAUCCUCCUCUGGCAGACCUGGCCGACGGGGGCAGGGAGUGAGCUGAUGGGCCCUGGGCACCCUGGGAGCACCCGGGGCCGCGCCUGCCGACUCACCAGGGCUCGGAGACGGUUCCAAGGACCUCAGCUCCUCAGCAAAAUCUGGGGACUGUCAUGGGGAGAAGGGCUGCUCAGGGCUCCGCCCCGGACCUGCCUGAAACCACCCACCUGAGCCUGGGUGGGUCCCUGUUGAGCCCUGGCUGGAGGAUGGGGGGUGGGCCACAGAGAGACAGGGAGGGUGCCAGAGGAGGGGACAGGGCUGGGUGACAGGCACAGCAGAAAGGCGGCAGGAGCUGGUUGGGCUGUCUUGCAGAAGGGCCAGGAGGGCCCGGUACCUGCAUGUCAAAGACAGGUCUGGAAGAGGGGAGGGCUGCAAACACCCUGUAGUCAAACUUCCUCCCAGACAAGGCCUUGAAAGGACAGCGUGCGGAGAGAGGUACAGAGCGUAAGAAGAAAGAGGGGUGGCGGAGUCUGGAUCCCUGCCCCCCACCAGGGGAGGAGUGCAGGGAAGGGUGACAGCCAUUGGUUCCUCACCAAGCGUCCCGGGGAGGUGCCGGUCUGGAGGCCGAGGUCUGGAGGGACAAGAAGUGGACGUCGGGAGAGGUCCGCGCCGCAGGCUGAGCCCCCCGCCUCCCCACGACGCACAGACCUUCCAAGGGGGUGGGUGACGGGGUGGGCGCGGGCGAGGGGGCCUCGGCCAGGCGCUCCAGAGGCCCCCGCUUGCUUCGGCCCUCCUGAGACUUGCUGAGGACCAUCUGUGCGCGGAGGGCGUCCUGUUCCAGAGACUUCAUC